UGUGAAUAUUCAAUGUGAUUCUCAUAACCGUCGCCGCGAUCUUUUCACCAUCAAGCAUAUAGAUAUGGAAAUAUCUAUAUAGUCGCGCAUAUUUACGCUAUUUGCAGUACAUAACACACCGUAAUUUCCCAUAAUGAGUUAAAUCAAUAAUUAAAGUUUAGUGAAAAUUAUAAUUAAUUAACUCUAAAAAAAAAAUCAAUUGACACUCGACUAAUCUUCACCUAUCAAAUGACUUUUUUGCCAAUUGAACCAGUGUGUACUAAUCCGCUCUAGAGUGUAGAUUAACGUGAUAUUUUAAUUUAUUUUUUGCCAGAAAGCCCUCACUGUCAUUUCAGCACUGCAAUUAGUGAGGUUAAUUUCAAUUAGAGAAAGUUUCAUGGUGAAAUCCGAAAUUUAACUUUUUUUGUUGUUGUCACUGUGUCAAAAGUGAAAAAGUAAGAUCUCAACAAUGGAUACAAAAUAUCUGCAGAAUUUCCUCUUGUUAUUGUGUGAAAAUCCCUGUGACUGAAUGAGAGGAUACAAGAUAAUUUAGAUCAGAAUAGAAAUUUUGGUGAUAAUUUUUAGAACGAUGCCAGAAGAGUACAAGGAAUAAUGUGAAAUUAAAAAAUAGCCAUCCCGGACUUUGAUAGUCACAAUUGAGGACAAAUAUUGGAUGAUUGUUUUUAAUGAGCCAUUGAAUGCCUAACUGGACUGUGCCGGUGAAAUUGAGGGUGUGAGACUCUCCUAAGAUGGUGUUGGAGCAUCAAAAUUUGCUUCCGAGUUUGCAAGGUGGUGCAGGUGGUCUGCAACCGUCGGCACUGCAACUCUAUGCGGCUGCUGCGGCUCAAUUGGCACCGCGAGCGCGAGUCCCUCCAUGGGCACCAUUUCUGCAAUUUGGUGUCCCGAGCAUGUUUGGCGGGCCCUUCCUCAACCGACCACGGUUUGGGCCCGGGUCAGGCAAUGGCGGAGGAUCGGCAAGCGGAGGCCCAUCGGCGGCGGGUUUGGCUGCCACUCUCAGCGGAAAUGGUGGUAGCGGAUUGCCUGGAAUCAAUGGAAUCAACCAUCCAGGUGGUUUGACGCUGACGAGAACAAUGCCUGGACCGCCAAGUGAGGAUUCCAAUGAAGACAAAGGGUCCGCCGUUGACGGUGAUGACGAGAGUAGUGCUUCUAAAAGACGGAGAUCGAGAACGAAUUUCAAUUCUUGGCAAUUGGAAGAGUUAGAACGCGCCUUCUCUGCCAGCCACUAUCCCGAUGUCUUUAUGCGCGAAGCACUAGCAAUGAGAUUGGACCUCAAAGAAAGUCGAGUAGCUGUAUGGUUCCAAAACAGACGAGCCAAAUGGAGGAAAAAGGAACAUACGAAGAAGGGCCCUGGACGACCUGCGCACAAUGCCCACCCGCAAUCCUGUUCCGGCGAACCUAUCCCACCGAGUGAGCUGCGCGCCAAAGAGAAAUCCCUCAAAUCUGCCCCCGAAAAUAGAGCGCGACGGAGAAAGAAGUUGGCCAAAGCGCUGGAGCGCCAGGCGCGCAAAUUGCGCUCCAAAGGCAUCACGGUGGACCUCGAGACCCUAAAGGCUGAGUAUUUGUCGCAACAUCGAGUAAACUCAGAUUCUGAGAUCGAUGAUGAUGACGCACCAAUUGACGUUGUUGGCGGCGGUGAUUCCAGCGAUGAACCUGAAGAUUGUUCCAUCACACGACGCCCAAGUGAUGAGGAAUGCCUUGGUGAUGAUGGUGACGAGUCCACGCCUAAGAUGACCAUCCGGCCCAAUCCCUUUAGUAUAGAGUCCCUACUAUACAACAACACAUGAGACCCGUAAGUCUGCUCUAACACACAACAUUCCACCAUAGUCGUUUUCCAUUUAUUAUCUCUCCAUCAAUUGACUGCAAAAGUUCAUAUACCAAGAACUUCUUAUUUUGUGUGCUAGUGAGGAACGUUUAUUAUAUAUUUUAUAAUUAAUAUAUUACUAUUAUUAUUGAAUGAUAAUAAAAUAUAAUAGUACAGAAUAUGAUUGCCAUGGACGAUGGGAGGAAAUCAAAAUUGCAUUACGACGUCUAAUGAUCGAUGCUUAACUUGAUAGGAGAGGCGAUUAGUAGAAUUCAUAUAGUUUUGUUUUUUUUUCGAUUAGAAAACGCGCGAGAGAAGUAGGAGGCAGGUGAGAUAAUAGUGAUCACGAUUGAAUCAUAAGAUUUGUGCAGAAACUGAAUUUCAAGCAAAAAUCACAAAAGUCCGACUGAAAAGAGACGUUAGAAAAGCCAAAUAGCCAUAGAGACCACUUAAAAUUUUACUAAGAAAAAAUGAAUUACACACGACGAAAAUUUAAAACAUCUUUAGAGCAAUAGGCUUAAAUUGCUAAAUUCAGAGGAAUUCACAAAAAAAAUUCC